AUGCUCGAAGAAGAAAUCGAGGACAAGGACAUUUUGAUCAAAACGAUGAAAGCCGAAAAAGAUGCGGUGCUCAACGAGGUCAAAAAGUUAGCAAACACGCCAAACAAGUUGACGGAAUUGAGAGCUCUUGUGGAAAAAAGCUUAGAAGAAAAGGACGCGACUAACAAAGAAAAUCCGUUCACCCUCCAGGACGUGAAAAAACUCCUUAGCGUGUGGAAAUCUCACAACACGACCGUCAUGGUUCAAGAGUGCAUUGAUCUUGCCGACAAACUUCAAGAUCCUGUGAAGCCUCAAGCUUAA